UGCAAAAUUUGGUGACUUUUUGGGCACGUUUAGGGGGGCAAAAAGGCCCUCCUUUCGUCAGAAGAACGAAAGAAAAAAAAAAAAAAAAAAAAUUCCUACAGAUACAAUAGGGCCUUCGCACUGAAGGUGCUCGGGCCCUAAUUAAUCAAGGGGCGGGUGAAGGGGAAUAAGAAAAAAAUAAAAAAUAAAUAAAAAUGUAUGGGGCGGGGGGAAACCUUGAGCAGGACCUGGAUCAUAAGGGGGGACCCUCCUGCCGGAGGCCAACUAAGUGUCUCGGCAGGAGGUUGUAGUUGCAGGCAGGAGGAUUUCCUGGAAGGGUUUUUAUGCAACAGGUAUUUUAUACAAGAGACAACAGGGACUGUAAAACACAGAAUUUCAUGACUCAGCAACUGUAAAAACUCUGUGAAACAUCAACAGCAGUGUCCUGGAGCAUGAAGUAUGGGUCAAAAAACUUCACUCUGUGUUGUGCCUCUACCAGCACUGGAAAUGGGAACUUCUGUUGGGUUAAAACAUGCAUUUAAAACAAAUGAGAUAACAUCACACCAAUAAAGUGGCAGGUGACAUAAAUGGCUCUGGACUCAGGCUAAACACCUGCAGUUACAUGUUAUAGACGAGUGUAACUAUAAAACUGGUCUUAUGCUGAAAAAUAAAACAUUAAAAGUGCGCUCUCAUCCUUCCUGGAGUUUAAACAUUGAUUAGCACGUUUAAAGGUCAGUCCCUGACAGCAUCUCUGCGGGGAAGUCUACUCCCCGAGCAUGGCUGAGUUUGGCGAGAUCCUGGUAAACAUCGGAGAGUUUGGACUUUUCCAGAAGACCGUCCUGUUUUCUCUUUGCUUCCCAAAUCUGUUUCUGCCUUUCCACUUUGCAAGCGUGUUUUUCAUCGAGUCAGAUCCGGAGCGACACUGUAACACAGACUGGAUCCUCCAGGCGGCUCCAAACCUGACCAGGGACGAGCAGCUGAACCUGACUCUGCCCCGGGAGCAGGACGGGAGCUUCAGCCGGUGCGGGAUGUUCGUCCCCGUGGACUGGGACAUCAGCAGCAUCAGGGAGUACGGACUCAACCACACCACCGGGUGUCUGAAUGGAUGGGUGUAUGGAGACACGCUGUACCAGGCCACCAUAGUCACCGAUUUUGAUUUAGUUUGUGACCAGACUUAUUGGGUGGAAGUGGCCCAAGCGGUGCUGAUGGCUGGCAUCCUGGUGGGGUCGCUACUAUUUGGACCUUUUGCAGAGUCGUUUGGACGCAAGCGCGCCACUCAGGUGCCCGCGCUCGUCAUGGCCAUCUUCACCGCCACGACCGGGUUAUCUCCUGCCUUCUCCCUCUACUUGGCCUCCCAGUUCCUUGUAGGAGUGGGCUAUGGAGGCUAUCGACUCAAUGGCGUCAUACUUGCCACCGAGUGGAUCGGAGUGUCCAGGCGGUCCUGGGGGUCAUGCGUGGCUCAGAUGUUUGGUGCAGUGGGACAGGCCGUCCUCGCCGGCAUGAUCUACUUCAUCAGAGACUGGAGACUAGCCCAGCUGGUCACCGCCGCUCCAGUGGCGUUGGUCGCUGUUUACAUCUGGUUUAUUCCAGAGUCGGCCAGGUGGCUGUUGGACAGAGGACGGACGGAAGAGGCCAAAGAUCUCAUUAUCAAAGUUGCGACCAUCAACAAACGCACCAUCUCAGACUCUCUGCUUGAAAAGGUUGUUAUGAAAGAAACGAAACGAAAUGAGAAAAGGGGAGGCAUACUAGCUCUUAUCCAAUCACCUGUACUUAGGAAGUAUUUCCUUACAAUUAUAUUUGCAUGGUUCUCGCUGAACGUCACCUACUACUGCAUGUCCUUCAACGUGAGGAACUUCGGCCUCGACAUCUUCCUGACGCAGGCCGUGUUCGGCCUGACCGAACUCCCGGCUCACUUCCUGUGCAUCUGGCUGCUGGAAGCUGUGGGGAGGAAAGUGUCGCUGACAUCAACACUUGUAGCCGGAGGAUUCCUGUGCCUCUUGAUCUUGGCUGUUCCUCAAGGUAAUGCUGUUGCUGUCACCAUGUUGGCAACGGCAGGUCGGUUUUUCAUUAACUGGGCUGGAUCCAUCUGCAGCGUGUAUGUUCAGGAGCUGUUUCCAACAUCUAUCCGACAAACGGCCUCUGGUCUGGGCUCCAUCGCGAGCCGAGUUGGGGGUCUGCUUUCCCCGCUGGUCAACAUGUUGGCUGCGUACCACUGGACCAUACCUAUCAUCGUCUUCAGCAGCCUCCCACUGGUCAGCGGGGCACUUGCCCUCCUGCUUCCUGAAACCAGAAGAAAAGAGCUCCCAGAUUCAACUGAUGAGGCCGAGGGGAAACGAAACGAGACGACCACAAUGCGGCGGCUGGAGCUGAACAGACCUCCACCCAACCAGUCCACCAAACUGUAGUCGGUCAGCUGACUGGGGGGCUGCAUCGUGACUAGGGUUAUCCCGAUCAGGAUUCUUUAGCUCCCGAUCCGAUCACUUGAGUUUGAGUAUCUGCCGAUCCCGAUCUUUCCCGAUCCGAUCACUUUUUUUGGCUCCCAAUACAAUUCCGAUACUUUUUCCCGAUCAGAUACAUUUUGGCAAUGAAUUAAGUACAAAA